GAGAUGGACAGGCACUAUCACAAGAGCUCCACGUUUGAUGCCAAACAGCACCGUGAGCACCAAGGGAAUCAUGCCUGUGCCCAAGAAAGCAGGAAGAAAAAACAGCAGUGCUGCUGAAGAAAAGCUGCCACAAUAUGAACCAAAUAUUCCUGAACCAACCACCAGGGCUGACUUCAUGAAAUAUUGGAUCCCCCUCUCUCUGGAUGAUAAGACUGCACAGAAACUGUUGUGGAUUUCAGAGGGCGGGUCCAAGGUGGCCCGUACGUCAGAUGCAGUGUGCCCAUACCCCAACAGGCCUGAGAGAUAUGAACACUCACCACAGGUGCUGUGUAAAGAGAGUCUUCUGGGCUAUCGAGGGUACUGGGAGGUGGACUACGAUGGCUGGGUAGUCAUAGGGGUGGUCUGUGAGAGUGCACCCCGGAAGGGCCAGGAUGGACCAUGCGGCAUCGGAGAGAACGCCAGCUCCUGGGGCGCCGGCUGGUCUGGUUCCUGCUACCAAGUCUGGACCAACAGCGAGAACACGGACAUCGAGCUCCCCCAUAGCUCCACCAUUGGCAUCUACGUUGACCAGCCCGCCGGCAUCAUCAAGUUCCUCUUGGUGGAGGGAGAGGGCGAGAAGGAGGUGCGGCUGAUUCACAAGUUCAAAGUCAGCAUCCAGGAGCAGGUUUUCCCCGGGUUCUGGGUUGGCACAAAUUCGUUCUGCCUUAUUCGGAAAAAGGAUCAGUGACACAGCUGAGGGUUUAGCACGCGGGGGAGUCAAAUAAUAAAAAUUUAAGACGGCGUCAGGAGGCAUAUGGAAAGCUUGUGAUGUUUAGGGAACAAGUGUUGUAGUUGUAAAGCACGUUGUGACAUCUUUGUAGAUUGUGUUUGCUUUCUCUGGUGCAUGAAGAAAGCCUCUUGAUUUGAUGUCAUAUCCACAGAUGCCAAAUUAUUUUAUUUACUAUUGUGUAUCUAUUUAUGUAUUUUAUUUAACAUUGAGUUUUAGGCAAGGUCUUGUAUGUUUUUGUAACAUGCAGGAACUUUGUAGGGUGUUUGCUUAACUCUUGAACCUUUUUAAGUGCUAAAUGUAGUCAAUAAAAUUAACUAUUGUUUAAUAACACUGACAUGAGACAGCAUUAUUUGUGUGCGAUACUGCAUUUCAGGGUUGAGAAGAAAUCAGAUAUUAAUUUUCUUCACUUGUAUAGUGGAGUGCUAAGGCCCUCUUGAGGCCGUUCAUAAUAUUGCAUCCACACACACAUAAAAAGAAUCUGUUUUUCUUGGUGUUGCUCCUUUAUUUGAAACGUAGAAGUACUUAACAGAACAUUACACAUUUAUUUGUGUUUUUUUAAAUCUUUCUCUCUCUGUCUCUCUCGCUCAAAAAAAAAAAAAAAAA